AACAUGUACUAGUAGAUCGAAACAUUCAAUCUUCACUCGGGUUUUUUAGAGUUGGUGGAUUAAUUUGUCGUUUCUUCCUCUUUUGAAAGGGUCCAAAGAUGCUCUGACAUGAUACGUACGACAUCAUUAUUUGGUUGUGAUAGCAGCAAUUGACAUUGCGAAUAUCAUAUCCAUGUCGUCGUUGGCAGUGUUGCCAGCGGGUUCCAGGAAGCGCUCUCCUUCGAAGCCUCCUUUCAUAGGACAGUUAGCGACGAAAGCCAAACAAGUCGACACUCCACAAACGCUGCAGCAGCCAGAGCAAAAAGUUGCGAAGAAGCGGCAGCAGGCUGAUUUCCUGGAAUGGAUAGCCUACUACUCAGCAGUUGAAGUUUAUCAUCAGCAGCAGCAACUACAGCAGCAGCAGAGUCAGCAACACAAAAAGAAGACACAGCAGAACAAGCACCAGCAACAAGAAGUUCAUUUAAGCAACCCGAACGCUGCCCGGAAACUUUACUUCACUACACUUCCAUCUUCUGAGGUAGCAAGUGCAAGAUACUGUAUUGGCUUGAAUGUUCUGGUGUCUGUCGGAGACUACAGCAGCAAUGCUACUAUUCAUGAGAGUGAUGUCCCCACAAAGUUGGUCUUGGCAACGGUGAAAAGUGUUGGUAAAAUAUUGGGAGAAGUUUGCUACAAGGUGCAACUACAGCAAGGCGAUCCCAACAGCCAUGGCAAUGUGUACCUGGAAGAAGACUUGCGCUUUGCGUCCAAUACUGUUGUCUCAUAUCGCGAACUUCCGGCAUUGGUUAAGGAAGUUUCGGACAUCGACGAUGAAUCCUACACUAUCAAACUGCUGAACCAAGAUGACAAUAAGCGCAAUGUGGUCACAACAGUGUCGGCACUGGAUCUGUCAUGCCGCAAGCCGCCUCAAGUUGUCAAGCAGAAGAAGGCCAAAGCACGCAAAGCCGUUCAAGGUGUCAAAAAUACGCAACGGUCUCUGUUUCGCCGUAUGUUUCGAGGCCACGGGAUCCGCAAUCUCACUCAUGCCAGCCAGAAGCUCCAAACGUAUGCACAACAACUCGAUGGCGAUCACCGGCACCUUGUCUCAGGGCUAUGUUUGCCUUUUCACUUGGAAGCAUACUGUGCCAGAGGAAAUGCAUGUUGCUGCAGUGAAUCACAUCAGGACCUCACAGAACAACAAGCUUGGCUUCUAGAGCAUUGCCUCUGUCCCGGAGCUGAUCCCUACCCGGCCACCGCUACCAAUAGUCUUUGCUGAUCCAGAAGCCCACCUAUAUGCCGUCUUGCCACGAGCUACCUCUCUCAUAAUACAUUGUCAGUUCAGCAGCACCGGGCACUUUGCCUACAAUCAACUCCCAGCUACGGUACCGGUAGGUAGGAGCCACCUGAAUCAAUUACCAUAACAUAAGAGACAUAAGAGUAUUCUUAACAUUCCCAUAUUCCCCCU